UCGGCACUCACCAAACACGACGCUUCGCCGAUUCUACUACCGCGCUGAUUUGGACUACUGUAACAAUACCGACACCCGCAUCAGAACUCCUGCUGCGCCAACUUAGUUGCUGCAGCUCCACCGUGCAGCAAGGCACCUACGCGCCGACUCAACCACCACAGCGCCUCGGCAGCGACCACCCACCGCAAACAUGCCGUUCUCUGCCUUUUACCGGUCCAAGAACGAGAAGGAGCUUCACCGUGUUGACUUUGAGGGUACUACCAUCACAGUGUUCGAGUUGAAGCGAGAGAUCAUCCAGCGCAGCGGCCUCGCCAAGGAGGCAAACACCGACUUCCACAUCCUCCGCGAACAUGACCAGAGCGUGUACGAGGACGAUACCGAGCUCAUAUCUCCAUCAAGCACCGUCAUCACACAACGACGUCCCGCCUCGUCCGGACGCGGCAACAUCGUCCGCUACAUGAAUGGCAAGGUCCCUCAACGCGCGUUCAAGAAGACGACCUCGACUGUACCUGACGGCGGUAGCGCUGACACCAGCCCGGAGGCUGCUUUUCUGGCUGAGUCGAGUGAAGCUUGGAAGCGGGAACAGGAGCAACUGGCAAAGGCAAAGCCUGUCUACAACAAGAAAUCUAGCAACGUUCCGAGCGGCCCCCCACCAGCGUACUAUACCUGUCGGAUCUGCAACGAAAAGGGCCACUACAUUCAGCAAUGUCCCACCAAAGACGACCCCAAUCACAAAUCGUACAAGCUCCCAACCGGCAUUCCCAAAUCCUUCCAAAAGGAGGUGACGGCGGAGGAGGCGGAUGGUCCUAACGUCAUGAAGACUCCCGACGGGCGGUACGUGCAGGUCAAGACAGAUGCGAACGAGUGGAACAAGUUUCAGCAAAAAACCAAUGCAGUCAAGGCACAGGAAGCGAGUGCCGAUGCCGCCAUAAAGGAACUGCGUGAACGGGGGCUUCAGUGCUCAAUUGACGAGCGUAUGUUUGUCGAUCCAAUGAAAACACCAUGCUGCGGCCAGACAUUUUGUCGCCAGUGCAUCGAGAGCGCGCUGGAAGAGGGCGAUUUGGUAUGCCCACACUGCGAUGAGGAGGAAGUACUGGUAGACAAUCUUGUCAAGGAUGAGGAAAUGGUAAACAAAAUCCGCGAAUAUCAAGCAGAGAAGGCAAAGGAGAAGAUGGAAGCGGCUAAACAGCACAAUGAACAAAUUGCUUCUGAUAGUUCGAAACAAACUGACAAUUCUGCUCCUGCUGUCGACGCUAACUCACCAAAUUCCAAAAAGAGGAAGUCACCGCCAACAGAAAUUCAGCCGCCAACCGCCCCAAAGGCGAUGCGCCAGCCGACAGAGGAACAGGUUCAAGCAGACUUCCAGGCACAGAUGGACCAGAUGUUCCGCUUGCCAAUGAAUAUGCCCGGCAUGCAAAUGCCAAUGCCAAUGUCCAUGCCCAUGAUGCAGCAGCAGAUGCCCAUGCAGAACCACAUGAUGAACAUGGGCAUGGGUAUGGGUGGCUAUGGACACGGCAAUGGCAACGGCAUGGCAAAUGGUAUGGCAAACAACAACAACCAUAACGGCUGGGGCGCGCAAUCCCAAGGCUUCCAGGGCUACCAUCAUGCCCCGCAGAACAUGAACAUGAACAUGAAUAUGAAUCCCAAUAUGAACAUGCAUAUGGGAUUCCAGCAGUCUGCCAACCAGCAGGACGCGUAUGAGCGCCAGCCCGUCAAUAAUCGCCACAGGAGUAAGAGGGCGAGGGAACCGGAUUAUCGCACGUUGCAUUGAGGGAAAGGGGGGAUUCGACUAUUCAUGUAUUCAUGCAUUCAUGUACAUAUAUUCUUUUGCCUUUUGUGGCUGUUUCCUAUGACUGGAAAGGGUUCUACUCAUCGCUGCUGUUGGGUUUCUCGGGUGUUUGGGGCUUGGGGUGGGGUUGUGUCGAUGGGGGAGUUG